AUGACUCGGCAAUCCGAUGUGCAAAAAUCCAUGAGGACAAUUUCUGAUGGAGCGGAAAAGGCAGUAGAAGUACGGAAAUAUGACGAGAAAGCGGUGCAGCAGCGGAUGCAGAAACUUUAUGCCGAUGUGGCGAAAAAGAAAUUAGCUGAGAAGAAGCGAGCUGAUGAGUUGGCGCAGAUCCCGGUGUCGGAGGAGGAUGUGCAACUUUUGGUGCGUGAAUGCGGUUGGGAGGCGCAGGUGGCACAACAGAAACUCCGUGAGAGGAAUGGAAGCGUUGUGGCGGUUCUUCGAGAUGUUGCGGGACUCCCGAAGGCCAAAGCAUCGAGUGGAACCUCCUGA